UUUUAAUUCAGUCCUUCCCCUUCUCUAGCCGGGCCUUUCUCGACUCGCCAAGAAAAAUGGGCGGGGGCCGAAGAGAAGCGGCGUUGGAGCUCCGAACAGCCUCCAAGAUCGGCCUGGCCUCUCUCUCGGCGGCGGUGGCGGAGACUGCGACCUUCCCCAUAGACAUCCUAAAGACACGGCUUCAGCUCUGCGGCGAGUCCUCUCGGCCCCCGUCCCGCACCCGCCCGCUCGCCUCCGCCGGUGGGAACUCCCUCCGCGUUGCAGCUGAGAUCUGGAGGAAGGGCGGCGUAUUGGGUUUCUACAGCGGCCUCUCUCCUGCCGUCCUCCGCCACCUGUUCUACACCCCCAUACGGAUCGUCAGCUACGAGCACCUCCGCGUUGCCGCGGCGCCGGACGGUUCGCUCCUUGGGAAAGCCCUCGCCGGAGGCGUCUCUGGCGUCAUCGCCCAGAUUUUGGCAAGCCCUGCUGAUCUUAUAAAGGUAAGAAUGCAAGCAGAUGGCCAUCUUUUAAGCACUGCUAACCAGCCCAGGUAUGCUGGACUAUUUGAUGCUUUCAGGAAAAUAAUCCAGAAAGAAGGCUUUCCAGGCCUUUGGAGGGGGGUGUUUCCUAAUGCUCAAAGAGCGUUUUUGGUCAAUAUGGGUGAAUUGACAUGUUACGAUCAGGCAAAGCAUUUUAUUAUUCGACAAGGGAUAUGUCAAGAUAAUACUUAUGCUCAUACAUUGGCAUCAGUGGCAUCUGGACUUUGUUCGACUGCUCUAAGCUGUCCAGCUGAUGUGGUAAAAACUAGAAUGAUGAAUCAGACUUCUGGCAGAGAUGCAGAUGUAUACAGAAAUUCUGUUGACUGCUUGUACAAGACUGUGAAAUUUGAAGGCUUGAGGGCAUUGUGGAAAGGUUUCUUCCCAACAUGGGCAAGGCUAGGGCCUUGGCAAUUUGUGUUUUGGGUUUCUUAUGAGAAGUUGCGGCGAGUCUCUGGUCUUUCCUCUUUCUGAUAAAUUUCUUAUCAUCACAGCUUGACAAAGAGGCAAGGGAAGUCUACCGAUCAUUAAAUUCAGAUUCAAAGGGGGAAAAGUUUAAUUAUCUUUACUAUACCUUCAUUUAAGUUCAAACCAUUUUGCCCGUUGCCUUAUGCAUAGGCUUUAUGGAAUUGGUGUGCAGGUAGACUGAAAUUUUAUUUAUGCCUUGUGAUGGCUUAUUCAAUGAGAGGAAUUAAUGCGAUAUGCAGCUUUGAGAUUUAAUAAUAGUUUUGAUGUAGGAAUAUGACUUCUUUCCA